AUGUCUGUUUCCAUACAAGAGUUGGACAAUACCGUCCAGGCAUUUUAUGAAGGAAAGGGAGAUGUGCAAAAGCAAGCCCAACAAACUCUGACAGAAUUCAAGCAAAAUCCAGACGCUUGGUUGAUUGUUGGAGAUAUUCUACAAGAAUCAUCUUAUCCGCAAACCAAAUACCUGGCUCUUCAAGUUCUCGACGAUGUUAUCAUGACCAGAUGGAAGGUCUUACCCAGGGAGCAAUGUUUAGGUAUCCGAAACUUCAUCGUCAACUUCAUCAUCGAGAACUCGAAAUCGGAAGAGAAACUCAAGAGCGAGCGAGCUUUUUUGAAUAAACUCAAUCUAGUUCUUGUCUCUAUACUGAAGCAAGAAUGGCCUCAUAAUUGGUCUACCUUCAUCACCGAGAUCAUCUCCUCUUGCCAUACCAGUUUAUCGAUCUGUGAGAAUAACAUGGCAAUUCUUCGCCUCCUUUCAGAGGAGGUUUUUGAUUUCUCUCAAGAUCAAAUGACCUCAGCAAAAGCGAGAAACCUCAAGACUUCGAUGACCCAGGAGUUCUCGUCCAUUUUUCAACUGUGUUCCGAAGUCCUGAAUACUGCGAAUCAGCCGAGUCUCAUCAAAGCCACUCUUGAAACCCUCCUUCGUUUCCUGAACUGGAUCCCCCUUGGGUACAUUUUCGAGACCCCUAUCAUCAAUACCCUCUUGGUGAGGUUUUUAGAUGUUCCAGACUUUCGAAAUGUUACACUUAAAUGUCUCACGGAGAUUGGUGGUUUGCAGAUUGGUGCACCGUACAACUAUGACGAGAGACUAGUGCACAUGUUCACAGAAACAUUGACCACAGUGUCCAGGAUCAUUCCACUAUCAAUGGACCUCAAGCAGACCUAUGCCAAUAGUAAUUCAAGAGAUCAAGAGUUUGUUCUCAACUUGGCACUUUUUCUUUGCAGCUUCUUCAGUGCGCACCUGACUCUCAUCGAGAAGCUUCCAAAUCGUGACUACCUUACACACGCGCACUUUUAUCUCAUUCGUAUAAGCCAGAUUGAUGAUAGGGAGGUUUUCAAAAUUUGCUUGGAGUAUUGGACCAAACUAGUUCAAGAACUUUAUGAAGAGAUGCAACAACUCCCGAUCACUGAUCUUAAUCCUUUGGUUAAUAUGGGUGUCAGUGGGCUGUCCAGUGGCGGUGCACCUCAUCCAAGCACUCUGGCGAACUACCCACUUCGUAAACACAAGUAUGAAGAAAUACUUUCCAGUUUACGAACAGUUAUGAUUGAGAAAAUGGUUCGACCAGAGGAAGUUCUUAUUGUUGAGAAUGAUGAAGGUGAGAUUGUCCGUGAGUUUGUCAAAGAAAGUGACACUAUUCAACUCUACAAGACAAUCAGAGAGUGUCUUGUCUAUCUUACUCAUCUUGAUGUUGUGGACACGGAAAAUAUCAUGAUCGAGAAACUGGCUAAACAGGUCGAUGGAACCGAAUGGUCUUGGGCAAAUUGUAACACUCUUUGCUGGGCCAUCGGGUCAAUCUCUGGCGCUAUGAAUGAGGAAACCGAGAAGCGCUUCCUUGUCACCGUCAUCAAAGAUCUUCUUGGUCUGACCGAAAUGAAACGGGGCAAAGACAACAAAGCUGUGGUGGCCAGUAAUAUCAUGUACAUCGUGGGACAAUAUCCUCGUUUUCUGAAGGCUCACUGGAAAUUUCUCAAGACCGUGGUCAACAAAUUGUUCGAAUUCAUGCAUGAAACACACGAAGGUGUUCAGGAUAUGGCCUGUGAUACUUUCAUAAAAAUCGCCAAUAAGUGCCGGCGACAUUUUGUUGCUCUCCAGCCCGGAGAAAAUGAACCAUUCAUCGAGGAGAUCGUUAGGAACAUGAGAAAGAUCACAUGCGAUCUGUCACCUCAGCAAAUCCAUACUUUCUACGAAGCAUGCGGUUACAUGAUAUCAGCACAGGGGCAGAAAGGUCUUCAAGAUCGACUAAUUGAAAAUCUGAUGUCUCUGCCAAACAGCGCCUGGGAUGCAAUCAUAGCUCAAGCGAAUCAGGAUUCCUCUAUCCUGCAGGAUGGAGAAACCAUAAAAAUCAUCGGAAACAUCAUGAAAACUAAUGUGGCAGCCUGCUCGUCAAUAGGCACAUAUUUCUAUUCUCAGAUUGGCCGCAUCUACCAUGACAUGUUGAACAUGUACCGAGCAUCGAGCCAAUUAAUCAAUGACAGUGUUGCGCACGAUGGAAACAUCGCAACUAAGACACCUAAAGUCCGAGGACUCAGAACCAUCAAGAAGGAGAUACUGAAGCUUAUCGAUACGUACGUCCAGAAAGCAGAUGACCUAGAGAUGGUCAAUGCGAACAUGGUUCCAGCCCUUCUUGAGGCGGUCCUUGUGGACUACAAUCGUAAUGUCCCCGAUGCACGUGAGGCAGAAGUCCUCAAUGUCAUGACAACAAUCAUUCAUAAACUUCAUAAUUUGAUGGAAGACAAAGUCCCGGCGAUCAUGGAGAGUGUGUUUGAUUGCACGCUGGAAAUGAUCAACAAAGAUUUCCACGAAUACCCAGAGCAUCGAGUCCAAUUUUUCAAACUUCUUCAAGCGAUUAACCUGUACUGUUUCCCAGCUCUUCUCAAACUUGAUGCCACACAGUUCAAGUUUGUAAUAGACUCCUGCAUGUGGGCUAGUAAACAUGAUAACCGCGAAGUGGAGAACACUGGUCUUACGAUGUGCCUCGAAUUAAUGAACAACAUGGCUGAGACCGAUAUCCAAACAUCAAGCAUCUUUUUCCGCCAAUUUUACAUCUCCAUCCUGCAAGAUGUAUUCUUUGUGCUCACUGACAGUGAUCACAAGGCUGGUUUCAAAUCCCAGGCCAUGCUUUUGUCACGAAUGUUUUAUUUUGUUGAGGCUGGGAAGUUUCAAGAGCCAAUCUACUCUCCUGAUCAAGCGCCUUCGGGAAGCUCCAAUAAAGAGUUCUUGCAAGGCUAUGUUGCAAACCUGUUGCAGAAUGCUUUCAAGAAUCUUCAGGAAAUCCAGAUCAAACAAUUCGUGAUUGGGUUAUUCACCUUUAAUGAUGAUUUCAACAAGUUCAAAACACAUCUACGAGACUUCUUGAUCUCCUUGAAAGAGUUCUCAGGCGAUAAUGCAGACCUCUAUGCGGAAGAACGUGAACAGGCUCUAAAGGAUGCUAAAGCAGCCGAGAGAGACCGUGCAAUGAGGGUGGGAGGCUUGCUGAAGCCGUCAGAGAUGGACCAGGAGGAUGAGCUAUGA